CCGGGGUUGGGAAAAUGGUUAACGUACCAAAGACCCGGAGGACAUACUGCAAGAAAGGUUGUAGGCACCAGUCCCAUAAGGUUACCCAAUAUAAGAAGGGAAAGGAUUCCUUAUACGCACAGGGUAAGAGGCGUUAUGACAGAAAGCAGAGUGGUUAUGGUAGACAGACAAAGCCUAUAUUUCGGAAAAAGGCUAAGACCACAAAGAAGAUUGUGCUGAGACUGGAGUGUGUGGAGCCCAACUGUCGAUCAAAGAGAAUGUUGGCCAUCAAGAGGUGCAAGCACUUUGAGCUGGGUGGAGACAAGAAGAGGAAGGGCCAAGUCAUCCAGUUCUAAGCUGCAUCCUUUGAUUUUUUUUGGAG